GCGGGGCGCGCGACUGCACCAGGCGGCGAUGGCGGCGGACGGGGACUGGCAGGAUUUCUAUGAGUUCCAGGAGCCGGCCCUGAGCCUCCAGGACCAGGAGAACUGUAACGCGAGCCCCGAGGCCAAAGCAGGUCCGGGCGGGGGAGGCGACGGCUUCCCAGCGCUGGCCUGCAGCUUGGAGGAAAAGCUGAGCCUGUGUUUCCGUCCCUUGGGUCCGGGUGCCGAGCCCCCCAGGGCGGCCGUGCGGCCCAUCACCGAGUGCAGCCUCCUGCAGGGGGACGAGAUUUGGAAUGCCCUGACAGAUAAUUACGGAAAUGUAAUGCCUGUAGACUGGAAGUCAUCCCAUACUAGGACCUUGCAUUUACUUACUCUGAACCUCUCAGAAAAAAGGACGAGUGACAGCUUGCUCUUUGAUACCUCAGACGAUGAGGAGCUGAGAGAACAGCUGGAUAUGCAUUCAAUCAUCGUCUCCUGCGUUAACGACGAGCCCCUCUUCACGGCAGACCAGGUGAUUGAAGAAAUCGAAGAAAUGAUGCAGGAGUCACCAGACCCAGAAGAUGAUGAAACACCCACCCAGUCAGAUCGGCUUUCAAUGCUUUCCCAGGAAAUUCAAACUCUUAAGAGGUCUAGUACAAGCAGUUAUGAAGAGAGAGUGAAAAGGCUGUCUGUAUCUGAAUUAAAUGAACUGCUGGAAGAAAUCGAGACGGCCAUCAAGGAGUACUCUGAAGAGCUGGUACAGCAGCUGGCCCUGCGAGAUGAACUGGAGUUUGAAAAGGAAGUGAAGAACAGCUUUAUUUCAGUUCUCAUUGAAGUGCAGAACAAACAGAAGGAGCACAAAGAAACAGCCAAAAAGAAAAAGAAACUCAAGAACAGCAGCUCUCAGAAUGGGAAGAACGAGAGAAGUCACCUGCCCGGCACACGCUUCAGCAUGGAAGGGAUCUCAAAUGUCAUUCAGAAUGGCCUCCGCCACACCUUUGGAAAUUCAGGUGGAGAGAAACAGUACUUGACAACAGUCAUUCCUUAUGAGAAGAAAAAUGGACCACCAUCUAUUGAAGAUCUUCAAAUAUUAACAAAAAUUCUUCGUGCCAUGAAAGAGGAUAGUGAAAAAGUUCCGAGUUUGUUAACUGAUUAUAUACUGAAAGUUCUGUGUCCUACAUAGGGCAGCAUAACUUCAGGAACAGCUUUAUCUUCCGUGGACAGCAAACUAAAUUGCUUAUAGCAUUAUUCUGAAAGCUGGCUACCAUUACCUUCCUGCUAUUGGAAACUCAGGACACCUGAACUUGGGUUUGUGAUUCAGUAUUACUAGACCAUGCCUUCUCUAAUGCUUUAUAUUACGAACCAAGGGAACUAUGGCACUGUUUUGAAUUCUAUAGAUGGUUUUUUGUUAAAUACUAACAAUUAUGAACUCUUCUCUUUUCCAGCUUUAUAGAGUAAGGGGGAGUGAUGUUAAUUGUGCACGUGCAGUUAUAUUUUUCAUGCCUGUUUGAGUUUUUAAGGCUUUCUAGAUCUAAACUGCACUCACUCAAGAACUAGAUCAAAGCAUUGAGAGAUUUAUACUCGUUAUUUUUCAGUGCUGGCAAGAACCAACACUGAUUUUUUUUGUAAGAGAAUUGUCAGUGUAAAUAUUACCUACCAGUAUUGUCCAGAGAGACUAAGACUUAAAAAUUGAGGUGUUCUUGGAAGAAGGGAAACCAGAAUAUGCGUUGUCUUGGCUUAAUACUUAGUCAAUAUCGAAACAGCUGGAGAUGACUGAUUUUAGAGGUUGCUGCGUUUCACCAUUGUUCACAUUUUAACCAUUAAGAUGCCAUUUACUUUCAGAAUCUUGUAUUGUUUAACUUUAGAGGUUUCAAUGCUUCAUUUCACUUGUCUGUGAAGAAGUGUCCUUUAAAAGGAGUUUGUAUCCUUUGAGGUGCUUAAGAAACUGUGUGCUGCAGCAUUGCCCAUUUCCUGUUACUGUUAUAUUUUAUUCAUGCCUAUGUGUUUUCCUAAAGUACUAAUUCUAGAAACAGCUACUCAUGGAUCCAUCACUAGUCAUGAAAAACUUUUGCCAGUUCCAAUCAAGUCAAUGUCAUUUAAUAAAUAUUGGGGAAAAAAAAAAGGUAAUAUACACUCGAGAGCUUUAUUUUUGAGUUUUUGGUUUUUUGAUUUUUUUCUUCCCUUAACAGUGCUGGAUCCCUCCCCUCACUGUUCACACAUUGUCCAUCAUUAUAGCGUGUGAGCUGGUGAAAUCUUGAUUAGCCUCAUGAUGCUAAGGAGGGGAGAGAGGGACUUUUUUCAGGUCGUGCUAAGCUGCUGUGGAAUGAUGGAAGUCCUGUUCUUUUUCUGGGUCCGUGAGGCAUUCCUAACAGCCACGGCAGCUUCUUCCCAUUGACAACGUGAGUGUAAGUAGAAUCUGUAUAGGACCUGCUGUCGGGCUUUUAAAAUUCCACUUAAACAUCUGUGAGCAUACAGAGCUACCCGUAUUCCUGACUCUGCUCCGUAACUGGGACACCAGGACUGCAACGGCAGUGGCUCAGUUUGGAGUUGAUGCCAGUGUGGCACUUAAGCCGUUCUCUAGGAGUAUGUGGAACUUGAGAUGGUUCCUUGUUUUAUUAAUGUCUUAUUUGAAAGUGGAUAUGUGGAACCAAUUUGUCCCUUGCCCUUGAAUUGAUGAAGAGGCAUACUAAUACAAUAAUAUUAAUACUUU